AGUGUGGUGAUCUGUCACGAUGUAAAAAGGAUAUUUCACCCAGGAUUCUUAACAAGGCAGGUUGAGGGGCUCCAGGGUGCUUGUUUAAGUUGCAGAGGAAACUGACUUUUCAGUUUCCUCAUUUACUCAUUAAGUCUGUUUUGGGAUCUGGAGCCUGGAGAUUUCAAAGAGAUCUGGGAGGGAUGAAAUCUCCAAUCCGGGGUCCGUGUUUUGAGAACCCCCAGCACACUGAGUGCACAGGUGUGUACAGGCCUUUUUAUAGGGUCCUAACCAUAGUUCUGGGCUCCACCCCGGCAGACGGAGUCAGGAGGGCUCCACCCCGGCAAACGGAGUCAGGAGGGCUCCACCCCGGCAGACAGGAG